UACAUCCCAAUGCUGUGCUUCCGGUUAAGCAAAGCGUGAUCAGUCGUGCUCAGUCUCUCUUCUUCCCUUUCUCGGCUCACAGUAGAGGCGUCUCAUAGGACUCUCCCGGUUCCUUUACCUCUCUCUUUCUUCCCUCCCUAACGGAAUACUCAUCCAGCUCAGCGGACAUGGCAUCUGCAGUACAGGCACAAGUUCAGUCCAACCCAACUUCAGCCCCGCAGCUGCAGAGGGGAAUAGUGAAGAUGGUCUUGUCUGGUUGUGCUGUCAUUGUUAGGGGUCAGCCACGAGGUGGACCACCUCCAGAACGGCAGAUCAACCUGAGUAACAUCCGAGCCGGAGCUCUGGCCCGUCGAGCAGUUCAGGCCCAACCAGACACCAAGGACACACCGGAUGAGCCAUGGGCUUUCCAGGCACGAGAGUUCAUGCGUAAAAAGGUAAUCGGCAAAGAAGUCUGCUUCACCGUUGAGAAUAAAACACCUCAAGGCAGAGAAUACGGCAUAGUGUACCUGGGAAGAGACACAUCAGGAGAAAAUAUCGCAGAGUCCCUGGUGGCCGAGGGUCUUGCAGCAGUUCGCAGAGAAGGCAUCAGAGGAAACAAUCCUGAGCAGGCAAGACUGUGUGAUUUGGAGGACCAAGCCAAGUCUGUUAAAAAGGGACUGUGGUCUGAGGGUGGAGGCUCACACACCGUUCGAGAUUUGAAGUAUACCAUCGAGAACCCUCGCAACUUUGUAGACUCCCUCCACCAGAAACCAGUCAAUGCCAUUAUUGAACAUGUGCGUGAUGGCUGCAUGGUUCGAGCGCUACUUCUGCCCGACCACUAUCUGGUGACAGUUAUGCUAUCUGGAGUCAAGUGCCCUACGUUUAAACGGGAGGCAGAUGGCAGCGAGAUCCCCGAGGCCUUUGCAGCAGAGGCAAAGUUCUUCACAGAGUCACGACUUCUUCAGAGAGAUGUGCAGAUCAUUUUGGAGUCCUGCCCCAACCAGGUCAUUCUGGGUACCAUCCUGCACCCGAAUGGGAACAUCACAGAGUUGUUGUUGAAGGAAGGCUUUGCACGUUGCGUGGACUGGUCAAUGGCUGUGUAUACCCAGGGUGCUGAGAAACUCCGAGCAGCAGAACGUUCAGCGAAAGAGCGUAAAGUAAGAAUCUGGAAAGACUAUGUUGCUCCCACAGCCAAUCUGGACCAGAAGGACAGACAGUUUGUAGCAAAGGUCAUGCAAGUCAUGAACGCAGAUGCCAUCGUGGUGAAGCUGAACUCUGGGGAGUGUAAGACCAUCCACCUGUCCAGUAUCAGGCCCCCAAGGCUAGAAGGCGAGGAGAAGAACAAGGACAAAGACAAGCGUUUCCGUCCACUCUACGACAUUCCUUACAUGUUUGAGGCACGGGAAUUCUUAAGGAAGAAGCUCAUUGGCAAGAAGGUUAAUGUCACGGUCGAUUACAUAAGAGCUGCCACCAGUGCCAUGGAAACGGGUGGCGUUCCGGCUUUCCCAGAGCGUACCUGUGCGACAGUCACCAUUGGAGGAAUAAACAUUGCUGAGGCUCUGGUCAGUAAAGGUCUCGCCACAGUGAUCAGAUACCGCCAGGACGACGAUCAAAGAUCUUCCCAUUAUGACGAGCUCCUGGCAGCAGAGGCAAGGGCGAUCAAGAACGGCAAAGGACUUCACAGCAAGAAAGAAGUGCCUAUUCACAGGGUGGCAGACAUUUCAGGGGAGACACAGAAGGCGAAACAGUUCCUGCCAUUCCUGCAGAGAGCGGGCCGCUCGGAGGCCGUGGUAGAGUACGUGUUUAGUGGCUCAAGACUCAAGCUCUACAUGCCCAAAGAGACAUGUCUCAUCACCUUCCUGCUCGCUGGUAUUGAGUGUCCCCGAGGGUCUCGAAACAUGCCAGGUGGGAUGCAGGUGGCAGAACCAUACAGUGAUGAAGCCAUGCUGUUCACCAAAGAGCUGGUUCUUCAGAGAGAGGUGGAAGUGGAGGUGGAGAGCAUGGAUAAAGCAGGGAACUUUAUUGGCUGGCUUCAUAUCGAGGGAGUGAAUCUCUCCGUGGCUCUGGUGGAGAACGCCCUGUCUAAGGUCCACUUCACUGCUGAGAGAAGCUCCUACUACAAGAGUCUGAUAUCUGUGGAGGAACCCGCCAGACAGAGGAAAGAGAAGCUCUGGGCCAAUUACGAAGAGAAACCAAAAGAAGAGGUAGCUCAGCUCACGGAGGAGAAAGAACGUGUGGCAAAAUACAGAUCCGUGUAUGUCACCGAGAUCACAGAUGGAAUGCACUUCUAUGCACAGGACGUGGAAACUGGAACUAAGCUGGAGAACCUGAUGGAGAGCAUGCGAGGAGAGAUUGCCGCCCAGCCUCCGGUGGAAGGAUCCUUUGCCCCACGCAGAGGGGAUUUCUGCAUCGCAAAGUUUGCUGACGGAGAAUGGUACAGAGCACGCAUUGAGAGAGUUGAAAAUCCAGCAAAGGUUCACGUGUUCUACAUCGACUAUGGAAACAGAGAGAUAUUAUCCUCCACACGUCUUGCAGCGCUUCCUCCAGCCUUCAGCACGCGUACACUCCCUCCACAGGCUACAGAGUACGCGUUUGCCUACAUUCAAGUCCCACAGGACGACGACGCUCGGACCGACGCUGUGGACAGUCUGGUCAGGGACAUUCAUAACAUACAGUGUCUGCUGAAUGUGGAGUACAGUGGACUCGUCUGCCCGCACGUCACGCUGCAGUUUGCUGACUCUAAAGAUGACGUGGGUCUGGGUCUGGUGAAAGAAGGCCUAGUCAUGGUGGACGUACGGAAAGAGAAGCACCUCCAGAAAAUGGUGACUGAAUAUCUGAAUGGCCAGGAAUCUGCCAAGAGUGCCAGGCUCAACAUUUGGCGUUAUGGAGAUUUCCGUGAUGACGACGCAGUUGAGUUUGGGUACCGCCGCUAAGUCAUUGUCCCAAAGACCUUGUGGAAGACCGGAUGCAUUUGCAGAGAACACAAAAAUCAUGGGGAGAAAAAAACGCAAAAACAUCCGAAUGCUCUUUUUUUUUUCUAACGUUGAACAUUUGCCUCUAUCCAUUUUUUAUUUUUAGUUGUUGUUUUUUUUACUCUGUGCAUAUCCUCUCUUCUGCUCAAGGACUUUGUUUCUUAUCAUUUUCUUUCUUUUUUUUUAAAGCAAGUAGGCUACUGUAGCUGCUUUAAGUAGGACCAAUUUAUUUACCUUAAUCUUAAAUUUUGACAUGAUAGCCAAACAUCUUGUUCAUGUACAUUUUUAGCCAAUCACCAGCUGUCAAACACCAUCAUAGCAAACCUGAUCUGCCCAAUCAGAUUUCUAUAUUUUGGGGCAAGAUUUUUAAAGAAAUGAGGGGAUGCACAGAGCAACCAUGAACUCAAAAGCUUGCUGAGAAAUGCCUCCCUAAUCAUGAGAUUCUAUAUAUGGGAUAUAUAUAUGGAUAUUUUGAAGGUAGAUCAAAACUAACCAAGUGAACUGACUGAACGUAUUUUUGUCUCUUUCUGAUGUGAUCUGAGUGUUCAGUGACAUUUCUGGGCAUUUGUGUAGGACGUGUGUUUUCUCUUUCUCUGUGGCAAAAGAACCGCUGCCAGCACCUUUACAAGCGUCUCUGGGCAUCUUCCCUGUGAGGUUUACUCAACGGUCAUCGUUUCUUCCUUUCCUGCUCUUGCCGCCAUACGGAAGCAGUGUAUGAAUUUGUUUCUUUCUGAGGUAGACCCAGUCAUUGUAUUUAAAUCUGAUGAAUAAAAAUGAGCAAAGUG